CAGAAGGAGGUAACCCCCUUAGGCCCAAAAAUAGGAGAGGCUACGGUCCUCCCCUUUACCCCUAAGAAGAAGAGACGCUUUAAAGAAGCCCUUAGCAUAGAUAAAAUGCCCUUACUCAGCUUUAACAAGGCAAAACUAAGUACAGCAGCAACAACGACCGCAGCGCAGACAGUAUUAAAAGGCCUUAUUACCUCUAUUUUCAGCGGUGUAAAGGAAGCCACUGACCUAAGUAAAAAAGGAAAAUCCCUUACCAGGAAUAAAAUUAUAAGCUAA